UGUCGGAGAUUAUCUUGUUUUUGUCGCCAUAUCUGUCAGACUGAAAACGACUCGGUAGAAGAUGAGCUCGCCUGUGUAGUUCAAUGUGAGACAUAAUGUUAAAGCUCUUGUCCUGUCCAUAUUCGAGCGGUUAUAACAGUAAUGCAGGUUGGUGGUAGAGCUCUGUCACUCACUGACACUGAAACUACAAGCGACAACAUGGAUGAACAGUAUUUAAGAUUCAACUAAUAUUUCACGCAAACGACAAAUGUGAUGGGUACCGAUGCUAGCAAAAACAGCAAGCAGUGUACAGGGUCGGAGGAGCAGUCACAAAUAUCCAGAUGGCGGGGAUUUCUCUCUGCUGUGGGGAUUUCUCUCCCAGCUGGUCUCUGCCGAAUCAACCCAUUACGAAUCGGAUCACAUAGAAUGAUUUGUGACAAGGAGCCAUCCAUUCCUGAGCACCUGGUCUCUUCAUUACCGGGGCCUGAGAAACUCCGUAUGGAAUGGAGUCUGCCAAGUUUUAUCAACAUGUUUCUGCCCGAAUUCCCCCAUCGCAAUGUCCCAGGACAUGAACAUUUUCAGGUCCUGGGUUACAUAGCAAAAGGAUCUUUUGGUCCCAUUUUAAAGGUUAAGGAUAAGUCGAAGCAUAAGAUCUAUGCAGUUAAGCACAGAGUGUUCUUUGGAUUUUUGUGUUUGUCUAUAUUUGGGAUUUGCACAUUCAGGCGCUGUUUAUAUGGUUGGUUUCUGAAUAUUCCCUCUCUAGUGUGUGAUUACUGCAGCACAGGGGACCUGUACACAUACUGGGUGAUGAUUGGUCAGUUUGGAGAGGAUGUGGUAAAAGUGUUUGCUGCUGAAUUAGGUUCUGCUCUAGGGUUCCUUCAUGAUUGUGCAAUCAUCCAUCGUGAUGUGAAGAUGGAGAAUGUCCUUCUAACAGAUCAGGGCCAUCUACGACUGGCUGACUUCGGUUUGUCCCGGCGUCUGGAGCGUGGAGGAAGGGCGUUCACUAUUUGUGGGACAAUCCAAUACAUGGCUCCUGAAGUCCUUAGCGGUGGUCCCUACAACCACGCAGCUGAUUGGUGGUCUCUCGGCAUCCUUCUUUUUGCAUUGGCCACUGGAAAGUUUCCUGUGUAUCCAGAGACAGAUCACUGUAGCAUGCUGAGGAGAGUACGCAGCUUCCUUUAUGAGAUGCCAAAAAACUUCUCUCCUCCUUUUGCUCUCCUGCUUACAGAGCUUCUUUGUAAGACUCCAGCACGUCGCCUUCGGACACUGGAACGCUUCAAGCGGCAAACCUUUUUCCACGGCACACCGUUUGAUUCCCAUCUGCUCCAAAAGACCCCCAUGGAGCUGAUCCUGGAGCUGAAGAACCGGCCUGACCGCCCUGCCAAAGCCCGUCGAGGCCUGACCCUGGAGCCCUUCCCAAACUUUGACUGUGACUUUCUCUUAACCUCACCGUGCACACCCACCGCUCCAGACCUUUCCCCGACUCUGGCCAACAUGGAGCGGGUAGAAGCACUCAUGCAAAGCCAUGUAGCUCAGGACGAUGCUUCCCAAAGAGAAGUGUUUGUUUAACUUUUUAAGACAAUUUUGUCGGGAGUUUUAAAAUCAGACACCUCAGAAGCACGUGGGGCAAGAAGGAAUACUUCAAGGGAUGGUCCACCCAAAAAUGACAAUUUUGUCAUCAUUCCAAACCUGUAUGAUUAACUUCUGUGGAACACAAAACAAGAUAUUUUCAAGAAUGUUGGUUACUGCACAGCUGACUUCCAUUGAAUGUACAAAAAAAUACAAUUGAAGUCAGUAACAACGGAAACUGUUUGGUUGCCAGCAU